AUGAAGAGAACAUGGCAAAGCCCAGAAGCAGAGGCGGCCCGGCGCCUGGCGGCCUGGAUCUUGGACCCGAACUUCCACCAGAUCAGGUCCCCACCGCUCAAGGUGGACCUUCCCAAGAAAAGGCAGCGGGGCAAGCGGAAAUCCGCUCGCGCCCAAGCGGCCGUCGCGGGACCCAAGCGGCCGGCGCAGAGGACGAGCGCGAGCUCGCGCCUGUGGAAAGUCGGCAAAGGCCUGGUGGAGCCUUUGCAGGUGAUGCUCCAAAGAGGACGGACCCUUGGAUUGCAGGAGCUUCUGAGCAAGCGCUGCCCUUCCAAACACGCCCUCAUCAUCCUGAAGACCUUUGAAGGCGUUAAAACCAUUUCUGGAAAGCGCUGCACGUGCCAGCGCCCACACUCUGCGCCUCCGCCUGCUCGGGAAGGGGCGCGCUCCAGGAGCGUCCGCUGCUCCGGGGGGGCUGCGGAGCUCCGGUUCCUCCGCGCCUUCCCGGUGCUGCGCUGCGCGGUGCCGGGGCGCCAGGUGGGGGACUUCCUGGUGGAGGCGCUGGCGAGGCUGGGUGCGGAGGAGCUGCUGGGGCGCCGCACCUGGCGGCGCCUGGCGCCCAAGUUGCAGGCACUGGUGGACCUGCGCAGGGGUGAGGAGCUCUCCGUGCACCAGCUGUUGCAGGGCCUUCCGGUGCGCGACUUCCAACACCACCUCGGCGCCGCGUCCGGCGCUCCGCUGCGCGAUGCGGCGCUGGGGGCGGAGGUGCUGGGCCGGCUUUGCUACUUCCUCUUCGCCCACCUGGCGGUGCCGCUGCUGAAGGGCCACUUCUACGUCACGGAGGCGGAGGUCUGCGGCGCCAGGGCGGUGUACUUCCGGAAGCACGUGUGGCACUUCCUGCGAUCCAGGGCGGAUUGCGGGUUUCUGCACCUCUGCAUGGACGCGGCCCAGGAAGCGGCAGCCGCGACCUUCUCGGCGUCUUCAAGGCGGAUGCCGCAAACGGGAGCAUCCACUGGACCGAGACCUCCGGUGGUGCGAUGGGUUCCGAAGAAGAAAGGCCUGCGCCCCAUCGUCAACAUGGCCAGGUGGGCCGCUUUCCAGGGGCAUACGCCCCGAGAGCAACGCCAGGUCUUGGCCAUCCUGGCGCAGCUGAGGGCCACGCACCCGGAGGUUUUGGGGAAUUCCCUGCUCAGCCAGCACGAGGUGCAUCCGCAGCUGGUGGAGGCCAUGGCCAAGCUGUUUCCAGCGGGCGCGCAGGGCGCGGAGGGCGCCGAGCUCUUCGUGGGGGUGGCGGAUCUGCGGAACUGCUACGACAAGUUGCCCCACCGGGAGUUGCUGAAGAGCAUCUCCCAGCUGCCGCUGUUGCCGAGGUACCAGAUCCUGCAGGUCUCUCUUCGGCCGCCGGGAAGUCGGCCGCCGCGGCUCCUGGACGUGGCGCUCCCCGAGGGCCAGGCGCUGCCGGCGCUGCUCGCCCCGCGCGCCUUCGGCGCUGCGCGCCCGGCGGCGCUGCGGACGGCGCAGGCGGUGCUGCUGCCGCGCCAGGGGCAGCAGAUGGCCCGGGCCGACGUCUGCGCCGCGCUCCGCGCCGCGGUGCAGCGCUGCAGCGCGCUGUUGGGCACCCAGCCGAACCAGGAGAAGGGCGGCCGCCGCUUCGUGCGAGGAAUCCCGCAGGGCAGCCGCUUUGCACCCUUUCUCUGCGCCAUGCACAUGAGCCGUGGGGACAGGCAUUUGCCGGCCGAGGUGCUGCAAAGCAUUGCGCAGAAUCAGACGGCGCUCGUUAGGCUGGUGGACGACUUUCUCUUCAUUGGCAAAGACACGCCGCAGCACUGCUGUCGAUUCUUCUCCAGCCUGGCUCGAGCGAGCAACCCCUACAACGGCGAACUCAACUUGAGCAAGUGCGCCGCCAACUUUUCCUGGCGCUUCGAGUCGGCACCCGAGCCUCGCUUUGUGCCGUCCAAGCGGCGGCGCCUGGCAGGAGUCGAAGUGCCCUGGGCCGGGCUCACCUUGGCGCCGGAGGGGCGCAUGCUCAACGUGGGCCACCUGCGGCCCCCGUGGAAAGGGGCGACGGAGGGUUUGUCUCUGAAAGGGCGAAGGGGCCCCGGCUUCUGGCAGAACAUCUUCCGGUCGAGGCUGCUAAACUUCCUGAGCCUCAAGCUGCAGCCUCUGAUCCUGGAUCCCCGGCUCAACUCCCCGCACUGCGUGCGCCGCAACGUGUGGCGCGUCUGCCGCCUCUGCGCGCGGCGCCUGGCGUGGCUGCUGCUUCGCUGCCCUCUGGAGAUCGCCGCCGCGCGGGGCGCGCCUUGGGCCGCGCGGCUGGCGGCGGCCGCGGCCAAGCGCGCCGCGCGCCUGCGGCGAGGCCUCGGCGCGGGAGCCGACGUGGAGCUCCGGGGCCUCUGCCGCCGCGGCGUGCGCGCGGGGCUCCGGGGGCGGCGCAGCGCCCCCGCCUUCGCGGCCGCCUACACGGCCCUCGGGGACCUUCCGCCGCGGCGGAAGCAGCCGCGCCGCGUGGGGCGGUUCUCGACGAUGGACCACAUGGUGGCGCAUGUGGUCGAUCUGUCGUUGCGGACGUACCGCGCCUGCCAGCCGGACUCUUUGGCUGCGAGCUCUUUGGCGGAGCUGCUGCUGGGUCUGGGCUACGUGGUGCGCAAGGGCGACCUGGCCGGGAUUCCGUGGAAGGACUGGCGAGCCUUCCGGCGAGAGGAGGCCUUUCACAAGAACACGAGCUUCUUGAAGGCCCUCCUCGCCGCCGCCUUCUCGGAGCACCUGCUGGUAGGAGGCUACGGCCCCGUUCCCAAAGAUUUGGACGGCGCCUCAUCGUCGAAGAUCCUUCACCAGCUGGAGGAUAUCCAGCGAGAGAUGGAGAAGCAGAGUUUUCACCCCAGGGAGACGGUGGUGUUCCCCACGGAUGCCGUUGAGGACCCGGAGUCCUACGUGGAGUUUGUCUGCGGCAGCCAGGGGAAGGCAGUGAAGACGGAGCCCAAAGAGGUUUACACGUUGGUCAAUCUGUCCGGCCUGGAGGGGGAAACAACCAGGUGGCACCCGCUGAACUCUCGGGCCUCGGCGCCCCUGCUGGUGAGCAAAUCCCGGUUUCCGGCGGAGUUCAACUUGCUCGUGCAGUUUGAGAAGCACAUGCGGGAGCUUCAGAAGGCCCGCGCGGGUGGAUGGACCCACAAGCCCGUGCCGAUGGUGCAUCCGCACCUGCUGAAGUGGGAGUGGAUGGAACCCAUCUACACCACGAAGGGCCAGCCAUUGCGCUGCGAGGGCGUUUUGGAGAAGAAGAACCCCGUGGGGUGUGUGGGCUAUGUCCAGCCCCUGCAGAAGGGCCGGCUCCGCCCCGUGGCCAGCUUCGCGGUGGCGGCCAACGUGAGAGGUGGCCUGUCGCCCACGAAUGCGUAUCCGGAAGGGGUGACCUGCCUGGGGCCGGGGCACCUGGCCUUUGUCUUGAGCACCGCGAAGCUGGAGCUCACGAGGAAGCUGCGCAGAUUCGGCUUCACCACUGCCGGCGGCCUCGCAGUGCUUCAUCGCUGUGUGGACCUGCCCACAGGCUGCCUCUACGGCAGCGUUUGGGCCAAGGUGCGGCACUUGCGGCAGGCCUUGCUGGAUGAACUGCAGUGGGAGAUGCGCUCCAAGGAGGUGCCAGUGCUGUACAACUCCUCGGUGGCUGACAUUGCCUGGGACCUCUUCCAGGCGAUCCCCACGGCGCCCCAGGAGGCCACGCUGAGCGAGAAGGAUGGGGUCCUGGACUACUUGGCCGAUGCCACCGUGAACCUGCUGGAGGUGGAGCCGUCAGCGGGUCAGGUGCACCAGGCCUUCCUGCCGGUGGCGGACUGGAACACACUGGUCAAGAGGCGCGAGGAGUUGGUGAAGCGCCUGAACCGCCGCACGCGGAGCCCUGCAGGCCUUGCGCAGCUGACUGAGAGCUACAAGCAAGCUUUGAUGCUGUCGGCCCCUCAGAUGCCUGAGGAGCGUGUUGUUGGAGAGAGCCUUGCUAGAAUGGCGCCCUUCUGCGCUGCCGCGGCUGCAGAUGAAAUGGCGCACGUAACAGGCAGAACGCAGAGGAAGCGCGUGAGAGGCAUGAGCUCCGAAGACAAGAAGCACUACCUGAGUCUCUAG